AUGGAUAUCUCUGAUCAAACCGUGCAGAAGAUCCAGAAAUUCGCAGAAAAACGCCAAGAAGCAGAGCGCGAAUCGGCAAAAGAACCUCUCAGUGGAACUGCAUUGCAUCUACGUGAGCUCAAUUCCCUUGAUCUAACAGAAACGGGCACCGAUUCCUGGGCCCGCAUCUCCCAAGCCCGACGGGCCAAGAAAGCAUACGACUCGCUUCUCAAGUCCGAUGAUGAGCUCCCAACAACAGACUCGGUGUUGCCAUCACUUCUAGCCAUAGAAGAAACCGCACGGCUCGUUCAAGAAAACAAGGUUUCUGUCACGAUGACCGCGGAACAGCUGUCUGUGGACCGCGAGCGCCUGCGAGUCGAAGAGGCCAAUCUACGCGACUCGCAAUCAAUCGCAAGCGGACUGCGAGAGCGCAUUCAGAGAAUCCGCAACGCGAACACGAGAAAGGAAGAGCAAACUCCGUCGCAGCUGGCACGCGAACAGCUCGCCCUGCAGAAAAAGCAAAAUAAAGAACUGGACCGCGCGUCCACGAGCCUCAAGGUUUCGUUAGAUAAGUUCAUCGAUGAGACUCUUGCUCCAAUGCUUGCUGCCGAGGAUCUAGGCGGCCCGACUGUGGGCGAUGCUUUCGAAGUGUCGGAUGCUACACUGAAGGCGGGUUAUACAGCACACGGGAAGCCCAAGAAGCAGAAAGAGCCGACAGGAACAGGGGAUGGAUCACAGCAGCGGAUUGAUAAAUUUAUGAAACGCAACGCGGACGAGGCUCCCACAAACAAGAGGGAGGCAGCUGCGAAAGAGAUGCAUGGUCUUCUCGACGCUAUGUUGGAGGCUGAUUCCUAUAUCGAUUUGGAGCGCGACUCGGCGUCUUCGAGGUUCCUCGUGAGAGCCAAGGUCGCGCAGUUUCACCCUCGAGAUGCGCGGCGGCUUCGAUUAAUCGAUUUCGGUCGCUCACUUGGGAAUUGA